CUCAUCUCCGUACCGAUACUUCCACUCCUACAUGUCUUUGACUACGAUAGAAGUACUUCUACUCCAGCCCUACAAGUCCGACGGUUGCCCCCGCUGGUACUUGGCUGAUUAACCUCACAGCAUCCCAGUCGUCCUCUCGUCUGAUGCCACUCUGCUGAGCCCAUUCGUUCGUCUGCCUGCAAACCUGACCCUUCUUGUAUCCCUUGUACUUGAUCAACACUUGCACCGACGGGCGACCUGCCUACUUGGAUAUCAUAAUGAUCUACCACGUCCACUCUCGCCGUUGUACUCUCUGAACGCAAACCUGAACUUGGCAGUAUACGAGCAUGACACCACGCUCUAUAGACGCACCCCAUCUGACCAGUAACGAAGCCUCGCGUCUUUAUCUGACCGGCGGCGGACAAGACGCACCCGUGCGCCAUCAUGUCCUCCUCACCAGCUUCCAAACGUAAUUUUAAACCCUCGCCGACUGCACCAGCUCAACCGCAAACCUCACAGUACACUACGGCACCCGAGCAACCUACCUUGCAGCCUGCAGUUCCUACUACUCAGGGGAACAACAAAGUCUCCAUGAGUGCGCAACAACUGCAAUCUCCAUCAUCUGGACACCGAAAACGCAAGUCUGUUAGCUUGGGCCAGCAGGUCAACAACAUGGCAGACACAACUGGUGGUGGUGCAGAGGUACAGAAUAGUGCGACGUCUGUUCAGGUAGAUCAGGUCGAUACUUCUGCGCAAGAGCCGAAAAUCAAGAAGAGUCGAACAAACACACCUUGGACACCAGCAGAGGAGCUAAGGCUCAAACAAAUGAGAGAUGCAGGCAACAGCUGGAGCGAAAUCGCAAAGACUUUUCCACAACGGACAGAAGGAAGCGUGAAAAAGCAUUGGUACAAAGAUAUGCACUACGCCGAGUUCGCAGAGGAUGAAAGCGCAGCAUUACUUGCCGCAAUUAAGGAAUAUGAUGCCAACAAGUGGAAAGCUAUCGGCCAGAAGGUUGGCAAACCCGCAAAAGCCUGCGAGCAGUAUGCGAAGGAGCAUUUCGGUGGAAAGUAUUGAUAAUGUUGAGCACAGUCUGCAUCUUCCCGGUUUCAGCGCAACGAUCCCACUUUAAGAUACCAGUUUUCCUAUUUCGGUCGAGCAGUGCACGCGCACAACUCUUUCCGAUGUCCUUUCGUCCCUAUUGGAGUCCUUGGUAACGGCUAUCGGCAGCGGAGUACACAUCGACUUUUUUUUCUCAACUCGGCAUCUCUGUCGCUCUCACCCUGCCGAUUCUUCUUACGCGCCGAGUUUGUAUCGAGAAGCCUACCUACGUUGUUAAGCCAUCGUCGAUCACACGUAGCAUAGUCUGGCCAUCACCACGGGUCACAUCGACUGUGUGUAGAUGUGGAGAUGUAGUCAAUAUCGAUGUAAAGGUAAU